GAAGAGCUGCCCGAGUGCUAAUUAAGUAACUUUUGUACAUUUCUACCGGUUCCAAAUCAAAUCCACAUCCAACAUGGUGUACCAGGUGAAAGACAAGAACGACCUCGAUGGACAGCUGACCAAGGCAGCCGGAAAGCUGGUGGUGCUGGACUUCUUCGCCACCUGGUGCGGACCCUGCAAGAUGAUCUCGCCUAAAUUGGCUGAGCUGUCCACGCAGUAUGCCGACAACAUCGUCGUCCUGAAGGUUGAUGUUGACGAAUGCGAAGACAUUGCUAUGGAAUACAACGUAUCCAGCAUGCCAACCUUUGUGUUCAUCAAGAACGGCGUCAAGGUCGAGGAGUUCGCCGGAGCCAACGCCACACGUGUGGAGGAUGUCAUCAAGGCCAACAUCUAAGGAAGACGUCUGGCCGACCCUUCGAUCCACCUAUGAGUUCUCUUCAUACAAUUUAGUUAAUUAUUCCAUAAGUGCAGGGCUUGCUGCGUUCCUCCUGCUCCUGAUCCUCGACAAGUGGAGGAUUGCAGUGGCAGCAGCUGGAACCGCAACAAAAGUGAGAAACUAAGUGGCUUUUAAUCGUAAAUUUGCUUAAUUAACAAUAACCACAAAUCACACAAAGAUUGUUCACUUUUGUAUUGAAAACAUUAAACAAAUGCAAUUUGUAGCCAGUUGUUCAAUAGUAACAAAUAAAUGUAAUACACAUAUA